CAACCAACUCAACAUCCAAACGAUGGAAUUGGAAACGUUUUUGGUGUCCCAGCCAUGGCUCGCAGUCGACAACAACCUGCCGACAGGGAAGCAUGAGGCCAUGGAGCAGCUGGAAACGAUGCACGGCAUGUUCCUCGUCAACGACCAUUCGUUCUGCUCGUUCGCGCCAACUCACGGGGACCAGACGCAGUUUGAUUGCGCGUUUUUCCUCCGGCACACCUCGUCCUCAAGCACCAAGCGUGACGCGAAUGGGGUCAUGGUGAACCCGACAACGGCGAGUCUGUACAUGCGCAUUCAGGACACUUUGUACUGGGUGGACCAUGCCCACAUCACUCGGCCGCCAGUAGUUGCGUCGUCGCAGCCGGCCAUGCCCGUGCACACAGUGUUUGAACUCGGCUCGAUACGAUUUCGCGUAUGGAUGGAUCAAGCGCUUUCUCGAGAUGACCAGCUGACCCGCUUGAAAAAUGUCGUGUCUAGCUUGCGGCAACAUCUCCGCCUGCCAUCGACACCACCGCCGUCCCUGCAACCGUCCCACGCCCGCCUCCUUCCCCGCGAGUCGCCCUAUCAAGUCUUCCAGCGUCAUUGGGAACACGACGCCAAUUGCGAUGGAAAGCUAAGCGCGUUCAUCGAGCUCUGUGACACCCACGGCAUCGAUGCCCGCGCGACGCCUGCACAAAUCCCGACGCCAGACGCAAUCGCCGCCAUGUGGCAGUGCAAACUCGUUCAUGGGGACCUGGAUACCCUCUUGACGGCGUUUGGAUUGGGUUUUUCCACUCGAUGCGACGCCCACGACAACUGCUUUCUUCUCAGCUCAACAACAACAACGACAACCACCCAAUCGCAAUCGCUGACAAGGCCAACUCAAUGCACGACCUUGCUGUGGGAGUUGUGGGAACGCUACUUGGACGCGAACGACUUACCGUUGAGCGAAGAAGGCGACCACGCUGGAAGCGCCAUCGAGCCCCGCGUACACUUGCUCACGUACUAGCGUUAUUUGAGUAGCUAGUACUUAUCUGGUAGCAGGUCGGCCAUGGUGUGUCCUGCGCUGCGCUCGGAGUGGUCGAGUCAUGCAGCGCACAUCCGGUCAACGUUGGAAUCGAUGCAAUCUAAACUGGUCCACGAACUCUUUCCAGCGACGUUGCAUCCGCCAAGAACUGAUGCCGACGUGCAAGCAGCGUGUGCUCGCUUGAACGCAAUAAAGCAAGCCAAGAAGAAUGCGCUGCGCGAUGAAUUUGCCGUCGUGCUAUUGCCCACAUCUCGACGGCCAAUUCAUCUGUGAUACAGUCAGUAAAUAUAUGUGAAUGUCCAUCAUUAUGAUGUACGAACGACCAAGUAGAAAUAAAUAAAACUCAAGUUAAACAACUACCACCACACAUCAAAAACCUUCAAACACCAGGGCAAUCUUGGGGUCAAAGUCGUCGCUUUGAAUCGGAUCAUCGUCGUCAAAUUCAUCGAGCGCGUGCCACCACC